GCCUAUCACGAAGAAGCAAUCGAACACCACAGACUCUACCUCUCCGGCUUCACACACCCCAGACACACCAACCACUCUUCCACCGGCCAAGCGACGGCGGGUGCGCAAGACGAUGAACCUCCUUCUCCACCGCGCCCUCCACCUACCUCGCCUCUCCCCCAGACGCGGCCAUGGCUUCACGGCCGCCGCCGUCCGCGCUCGCCUCUCCUCCCCUGAACCCGCUCCGCAGCAGCAGCCAGCCGUGCGCCUGGACAUAGCACCUCAAGUGAGCUUCGAGGCAGCCGUGGCAGCUACGGAGAGCAAGCUGCGGCGAGAGCAAGCUGCGUCGGGCGCCGACGACGGCGGCAGGACGUGCGCGCUGCCGACGUGGGCGCUCAUCGGCGGCAUCACGGCGGGCGUGGCCGUGGCGCUGGCCCUGUCGGCCGGUGCCGGCCCCGCGCUGGCGCUGGGGCCCGAGGGCCCGCUGGUGGAGGAGUUCUGGGACAACAUGCGGCGGUACGCGCUGUACGUGGUGACGGUGAGCACGGGGGUGGCGUACACGGUGCUGCAGCCUAUCGUGGAGCUGCUCAAGAACCCCGUCACGGCGCUGCUCAUCGUGGCGGUCCUCGCCGGCAGCGGGUUCCUCGUCUCGCAGGUGCUCAACGCCAUGGUCGGCAACUCCGACUUCAUCUACAGGUACGAGUAGCGGCGCGGGCGGAGGCGGCAAGAGCGUGCGGCGCUGCGCGAGCCCUCCGUGCCCGGGGUGGAUCAGAAUCAGAUUGGAUGCACGGGUGACGUGUCAGUGCAUCAUUGGCUGGCACCGGUGCUGAGCUCGCGAGCUAGCACUAGACCGUGUGAGUGUACCCGAGAGCGCCUCGUCGGCUCUUCCUCUUCCCUUUUUAGCUAGCUAGAACAGGGAUGCCGUUGCCAUGUGAUUGAAGCUUGUUUGCCUCGUCAGGGUUGUAGUUUAUCAGUCUGUAUCAGCCUGCUGUUUGGUACUUGUCACUUUGAGCAAGUUGGCAACGUGCGUUUGCUGCUCGUUGGCUCCGAUUUGCUCUUCACGCUAUUCGUUUUACCCUCAAA